UGUGCCAUCUCGGAUCUACUGUAUCUGCCUUCACCUGUUAGCUACUGUACUCUACGGUUGCUGCUUUGUAAAAAAUAAAUAAAUAAACAAUCUGAAAUAAAACAAGGAGUGAAGAGAUUUCCAAAAGUGUACGUGCUCAUGUCUACUCGUCCUGUCCGCAGAAGCAGUACCUUUAGUAUAUAAAAGCCGUGGAUUAAUUAGCUUUGUACCAAGUGUGGUGAGUGACGCUGCUGAUGCCGAUUGGGUGCCCCCGAUGCCGGCCCUGCCUUUAUAAUUUCCACUCGAGUGCAUCGGGGCUCUUAUACACACCAACAGCAGCCGCAGCCUCCUCUAGUAUUGCACACACGGCACCCUGCACUUUUACAGUACAUCCUCCUGAUUAACAACUCAACUCGGAGCUGAGUGACUGACUGACUACAUCAUAAACACAUUAAGAAGAGGGAUUUUUUUUUCUUUGACUACUGGAAGGUGUGCUUUGUCUGAUUUGAAAUUUUUUUGUGCAAUGGACUUUUGAUUAUUACACGCUAACCCUAAUUUACAGGGAUUAUUUUGUAUCACCAGAGUACUUUAAAACCUGAUGACAACGAUUAAAGGUUUUGCUGUAGUCGUGCUGUGAGUGCACAUAAAUCUAUCGAACUGCAUUUCUUCUUCUUUUUUUCUUUUUGAGGAGUUAUUCCUUUUCCUCUAAAAUUGGCUCCCGUACAAACUGCCGCGUUGGAUCCCUCGGCUUACUGCGAGACUCCGGUAUACAAUCCGGAUCUCUGCCCCAAUAUGAUCGCGGCACAGGCCAAGCUGGUGUAUCAUCUCAACAAAUAUUACAAUGAAAAAUGCCAGUCUCGGAAAGCUGCCAUCUCCAAGACCAUCCGCGAAGUGUGCAAAGUGGUAUCGGACGUCCUAAAAGAGGUCGAGGUUCAGGAGCCGCGUUUUAUAAGCUCUCUCAACGAGAUGGACAACCGCUAUGAAGGUCUAGAGGUUAUCUCGCCGACGGAAUUUGAGGUGGUCCUCUAUCUCAACCAGAUGGGGGUCUUCAACUUUGUGGACGACGGUUCUCUGCCGGGAUGUGCCGUCUUGAAGCUGAGCGACGGCCGUAAAAGGAGCAUGUCUCUGUGGGUCGAGUUCAUCACCGCUUCGGGCUAUCUUUCGGCUCGAAAGAUCAGGUCCCGGUUUCAGACUCUGGUGGCACAGGCUGUGGAUAAGUGCAGCUACAGAGACGUGGUAAAGAUGGUCGCGGACACCAGCGAAGUGAAGCUGCGCAUCCGUGACAGAUACGUGGUACAAAUCACUCCGGCUUUCAAAUGUACAGGAAUAUGGCCGAGGAGUGCAGCCCACUGGCCACUGCCCCACAUCCCCUGGCCUGGGCCCAACAGGGUGGCAGAGGUGAAGGCCGAGGGCUUUAAUCUCUUAUCCAAGGAGUGCUACUCAUUGAAUGGGAAGCAGAGCUCGGCGGAGAGCGACGCCUGGGUCUUACAAUUCGCAGAAGCCGAAAACAGGCUCCUGAUGGGUGGCUGCAGGAAGAAAUGCCUGUCGGUUCUCAAGACUUUGCGCGACCGUCACCUUGAGCUGCCAGGACAGCCCCUCAAUAACUACCACAUGAAAACUUUGGUCUCUUACGAGUGUGAAAAGCACCCACGAGAGUCGGACUGGGACGAAUCCUGUCUGGGGGAUCGGCUCAAUGGCAUUUUGUUGCAGCUGAUCUCCUGUUUGCAGUGCAGAAGGUGUCCACAUUAUUUUUUGCCUAAUCUAGAUCUAUUUCAGGGAAAGCCCCAUUCCGCUCUUGAAAAUGCGGCCAAACAGACUUGGAGAUUAGCGAGAGAAAUCCUCACUAACCCUAAAAGCCUGGAAAAACUUUGAGCAAGCAGACAAAGGCCUGCGUGAAGAAAGGACUCCUCGGACGAAAUUUUACUUACGGCAGUUUCAUGUGAACAAUGUUCAUUUGAAGGAAAGCACUUCCACGUAAGAAGUGGAUUUAUUUUUCAUGUUCGGAAGACGAUGCCAGUUCAGGCGUUUAAAACAAAGGUUACUGCUAAAUAUAUUAUAAUUUUGUGUCAAAAAAGGAAAAAAAACAUAACUAAAAGCAUAUGAGUUACAUUUUGCCUUUAAUUUAAUUUAUGUUCACUUCUUUAUUGGGUUAUUUGAAUUAAAGUGCCCAUGGAAAAAAUAUAUAUAAAUCAAACUUAGUUUAUUUUUUUAAUGUUAACAUGUUUCCUUUUUAAUAUGAGCCCUGCACAGAACCUAGAUUGUACAUUUUUAUACUGUAAAUAUUGAUUGUGGUUGCGGUGUUCUGCAGUUGUGAACGUUGAUGUUUUGUGACUCGUGCAUAGAAGUAUUACUCCGUUUCCUUAAAGACACUACGGGCUCUUUCUACUAGAAUGAGAAACUAUUCACAGUACAGGUAGAAUUCACCCUUUUGCUUUCAACUAAAAGUGGUUCAUUUUGAACAAAGUUUACAUUCUGAUGUACUGUUUGUUCCGUUUUAUAACAUUCCAUAACUAUACUUGAAUGGUUAUUUAAAUAUAUUCGAUCUUUUUGUUAUUGAUUCUGCCUAUACAAUAACAUUUGGAUAUUAAAGUAUAUUUGAAAAUGCACUUAAAAUACACUGGAAUAUAAUAUUUGUGAUUUCAGAUUUUUUUCUCCCUUAAAAUUCUGUCUCUGGUUUUAUUUAAAGAGCUAAUAAAAAUUAUGAAGAAUAUGCAGUGUCCCAAUAAUGAUUUACCAUUAGCAAAACACAAGGUCAGCUGUGUCUGGGUCGCAAUUUAACAAUAAAGACUACUUCAUAAAAUGCUGAAACAAUGUAUGAUGAAGGUUUUUUUUUAAAAUAUUUUAAGAUAGUUGUAUUUUUUUCUUUGCAAGCUUAUAUUCAGCAAGUAUGCACGAGCUGACAAAGUACUAACACGUCCUAACAUUCUACAACAACCAAAUCUAAAAACUACUAAACUGACACAUUUGUUACCCAGUAAUUUAAAUUAAAUUAAAUUAAGCUCUUAUUUGAUAAAUUAUUGAGAUUAUAAACACAACAUUUGAAAAGAAGGUAUUCCUCAGUCAUACUAAUUGACAGUGUUAUACUAAAAAACGGACAGACGAACGAACGAAG